CAGAAAACUGGCAAGCAGGUUAUGGCCAGGCCAAAAGACGGGCCAGAUAUCCAAUCUCGGCUGAUUUCUGGCAGUUGUCUGUCGUGUCCGUUCAAGGCCUGUUGGCUCGAAUUUGCAGGAGGUAGAAAGUAGGGAGGAGCCGCGGACCGCUCCGUCGGCCACUGCAUGUCGCGCGAGACGCGCGCGUCCAAGAGGGCAGAGAGGAGACGCCCCAGGCUGCUCUUCUUGCUCCUCGCACUUCUCGCUUUGCGCAUCUGCUGGCCGCUGCCGUGUUUGUCGCGCGCCUUUGUUGUUGCUGUGCCGAGCCGCACCGCCAAGGCAGCUACAAGGCGCCUGGCGCAAAUCGGUGGCACGAUGGCCGGCACCAGCUUCGGAUAUUCUGGUCCCAGCAAAGUGCUGCGAGAUUUGUGCGGCACCUACCUUGCCACCAACCCUGACGCGAAGCAGAGUUGGCAGGAAUUCUGCAAAUCCCGAGACCUUCAGCCCCUCGCCCCUUUGGAUAAGCAGCCUGUAGAGGCGAUGGAAGUUUUCCUCGCGGAUCCCGCUCAGUAUAAGCAAAAGGAGCUCCUCGAGUUCCUCGGCCUCGACACCGUCAACGUGCCACUGAAGGGCUUGUAUGACAUCAAGGAAGACGAUCCCAUUACAAAGUCCGCUCUCAUUCGCGAGCUCACUCUCAAGCAAUUCCGAGCUCUCAUCGCGGAGGACCCCGAGAUGAACAGAAAAUGGAGCAAUUUCUGGACAGCGAAGCUUCAAAGGCUCGUUGGGGAAGACGAGGACGACGCCCGGAGGGAGAUGGCCAUGAAGAGCUCGUUCGAGAAACGGAAAACGCCUGAGCCAGGCACGUGGGAUGCGAUGGUUAUGAGGGAGAAGUACUUCGAUGGGCGCUCCAGUGUCGGGGAGUUCGAUAUCGAUGGUGGAAAGGAUGCACUACGGUAAGCCUCUCGCGCCGUCCUGUCUGAGCCGCCUUGCCAGUACAGCGGCGAGGUUUGACAAUUUCGGAGCGCAGCUCUUGCGGAGUAUUUUUCUCGCCGGCGCUUGCCGCCCCAAGUAUUCUUGCAGAAAUUGGAGGCAGAAUCUCUCGAGAGACGCAACACAAAACAGUCCCAAAGCGGCCC